GGUGUCCAAAAGCAGGCUACGUCCGUUCUAAUGGAGUUUGCUACAAGGCCUUUGCUGAGUCUAAGACGUAUGCUGCUGCCAAACAGACGUGUGCGGCAGACGGGGGACUGCUAGCCAUGCCGAAGAAUGGCGCGAUCAACACUUUCAUCUACAACCUGGCAGGAGGUGGAAAUCAACAUCGUUGGAUUGGUCUGACUGACGCCACGGUCGAAGGGCAGUGGGUAUUUGAAGACGGCCAAGCCCUGGCGUCUACCGGCUAUACCAACUGGGGCCCCGUGUGUCCAAUAUCCGGCUACGUCCGUUCUAAUGGAGUUUGCUACAAGGCCUUUGCUGAGUCUAAGACGUAUGCUGCUGCCAAACAGACGUGUGCGGCAGACGGGGGACUGCUAGCCAUGCCGAAGAAUGGCGCGAUCAACACUUUCAUCUACAACCUGGCAGGAGGUGGAAAUCAACAUCGUUGGAUUGGUCUGACUGACGCCACGGUCGAAGGGCAGUGGGUAUUUGAAGACGGCCAAGCCCUGGCGUCUACCGGCUAUACCAACUGGGGUCCCGGGACGGAGACGUGGUUUUCAAGAAGACCCUACAUUUCGAUGUGUCUCCAUGUAGUUAACGGAGGUUGGUCGAGUUGGGGCGGAUGGUCUAGCUGCAGCGUGACGUGUGGGACCGGGAGCCAGUCUCGGAGUAGAACCUGCACCAACCCUGCACCAGCUUACGGUGGGGCGAACUGUGUCGGGCAGUCUCGGGAGACACGACAAUGCAACGCGGGGUCUUGUCCAGUUAACGGAGGUUGGUCGAGUUGGGGCGGAUGGUCUAGCUGCAGCGUGACGUGUGGGUCCGGGAGCCAGUCUCGGAGUAGAACCUGCACCAACCCUGCACCAGCCUUCGGAGGGGCGAACUGUGCCGGGCAGUCUCGAGAGACACGACAAUGCAACGCGGGGUCUUGUCCAGUUAACGGAGGUUGGUCGAGUUGGGGCGGAUGGUCUAGCUGCAGCGUGACGUGUGGGUCCGGGAGCCAGUCUCGGAGUAGAACCUGCACCAACCCUGCACCAGCCUACGGUGGGGCGAACUGUGUCGGGCAGUCUCGGGAGACACGACAAUGCAACGCGGGGUUUUGUCCAGUUAACGGAGGUUGGUCGAGUUGGGGCGGAUGGUCUAGCUGCAGCGUGACGUGUGGGUCCGGGAGCCAGUAUCGGAGUAAAACCUGCACCAACCCUGCACCAGCGAACGGAGGUGCGAACUGUGCCGGGCAGUCUGGAGAGACACGACAAUGCAACGCGGGGUCUUGUCCAG